AUGCGGGUAUUGACAGAAGUGUUCACUAGAAUGUGCCUUUCCAGGAGAACAUCUUCCAGGUCGCGUGUGUUGUUAAAUGUUACUCGCAGUAACCGAGGUUCCCCCAUGUGCGUAGAUGAUGGGUUUCCUAAAAGGCGGGUAAGAUUAUUUGGGAGAGCCUUCAGUCCGAGAAGGCAACUUAUCUUAGCCCAUCGGUUUUACUCCUCGGGUUUUCUACCUUUUAACAAUUCGCUAGUGGGUUUUGGAACGUUUGAACACGACCGUCAUCACCUUUGGGUU